UGAUUCAUCGCGACCGCUGCCUUGACGGGUUCCUUUUGACGGUGUUCUCACCUCGUUUGUGUUAUUAGCAUCAUAUUUUUGACUAUUUCACCGCAAUCAUGGCCAAAUUUGAUUUGACAUCGAAGAUAGGACAGUAUUUGGAUCGACACUUGGUAUUUCCACUGCUGGAGUUCCUCUCGGCUAAGGAGAUUUAUGAUGAAAAUGAAUUGCUACACGCCAAGCUAGCUAUUCUCAGCAAAACCAAUAUGAUCGAUUAUGCUAUCGAUAUCAGAAUGCAGUUGUAUCCAGAUGUGGAAGUUCCCGAGACAUUGAAGUCUCGUCGUGCUGAAGUUGUGCAGGAACUCGGAGUUCUCCAGAACAGCGUAUCAGUUGUUGUAUCGAUUAUGAACAACGAAAAGGCGAUGAAAAAAAUGGAGGAAAUGAGGGAUUCAAAAGCCUUGAAUAACUAUUUGACACAAGAAUUGGACUUCCAAAUUGAGAUGUUGGAUAAUCUUGUGAAAUUAGCCAAAUACAGAUACGAGUGUGGAAACUAUUCUAUCACAACAUCGUAUUUGUACUUCUACAUGCUCAUUAUGCCAUCCACAGACAAGAAUUACUUGAACGUGCUCUGGGGUAAGUUGGCUUCCGAAAUUCUCGCUCAGAACUGGGAUACAGCUUUGGAGGACGUGAACAAAUUGCGAGAGUACAUCGACAGCAAUGCGAUCGGCAAUUCUCUCCAAGUUCUCCAGCAGCGAACCUGGUUGAUCCACUGGAGUCUCUUCGUGUUCUUUAACCACGCAAAAGGCCGAGACUUGAUAAUCGAAAUGUUUCUGCACCGACCCCACUACCUCAACGCCAUCCAGACCAUGUGCCCUCACAUUCUGCGGUACUUAGCUGCUGCUGUCAUUGUCAACCGCUCCAGACGUUCCAUUUUAAAGGAGCUUGUAAGGGUCAUCCAACAGGAGUCUUACACGUAUCGCGAUCCAAUCACAGAGUUCGUAGAGCAUCUCUACGUGAACUUUGAUUUUGAUGGCGCACGCCAGAAACUUCAGGAGUGCCAGACGGUCGUCUUCAACGACUUCUUCCUUAUUGCUCUGCUCAAUGAAUUCGUGGAGAACGCAAGGCUCAUGAUCUUUGAGACCUUCUGCAGGAUCCACCAGUGCAUCUCCAUUGGUAUGCUCGCGGAGAAGCUCAACAUGAAAGCAGAUGUUGCUGAAUGCUGGAUCGUCAACCUCAUUCGCAAUGCCAGGCUCGAUGCUAAAAUCGACAGCAAACUGGGACAUGUUGUGAUGGGAGGACAGCCCGCUUCACCUUAUCAUCAGCUUGUGGAAAAGAUUGAGACACUGGGUGUCAGGAGCGAAGCUUUGGAGAACCUCAUCGAGAGGAAGUUGAAAGCUAAAAAUCAGGAACCUGUUAGCAUAGUGUGGAAUUAAGGUAAAAGGUCGAGAUUUUGUUACCUGAUGAAUUAAUUUAAUAUUCAUUAUGUGGAAUCCAGGAAAGAAUGAAGAUUGGCUUAAUAAAAGAAUUUUUAUCUCUAA